AUGUCUGAGCGUAAAGUGUUAACGAAGUACUACCCACCGGAUUUCGAUCCAUCGGCCAUCAGUCGGGUGAAAAAGGUUCCUGGUGCGAAACAAAAGCUGCUCACUGUCCGCUUGAUGGCACCCUUCUCGAUGCGUUGCACCAGUUGUGGUGAAUACAUCUACAAAGGUCGAAAGUUCAAUGCCCGGAAAGAGACAACGGAAGAAAAAUAUCUAUCUAUCACAAUAUACCGCUUUUAUAUACGCUGCACGAGAUGUUCCGGCGAAAUUACAUUCAAAACCGACCCCAAGAACAUGGACUACGUUUGUGAACGCGGGGCCAAGCGCAAUUUCGAGCCCUGGAGAGAUAAUAAUGCCGACAAUCAAAAUGAAACCGAACAAGAAACCUUAGAUCGCUUGGAGCGCGAGGAAAACGAAGAGCGCGAACAACUUGAACGUGAUAAGAUGGCGGAACUUGAAGAGAAGAUGCUAGACUCGAAACGCGAGAUGGCUGUUGCCGAUGCCCUUGAUGAAAUUCGAACGAGGAACGCACGUAUUGAAAGAGGCGAGGCUCUCGGAGAGGAAAUUGCGUUGUCACAUGUGCAAGAUGAUGCCGAGGAAGCUCGCUUGCAGGCUGAAAGGGAGGAUGAAGAGGCUGCCCGCCGAGCGUUCAUGACUUCAACGGGCGAGAAGGUCAAACGGUUGGUUGAAGACGAGGAGUCGAAUAGCACGACUGGGAAGGCAGAUGAAGCCCCAGCUCCAGCAGUAUCCUUUGCGAAAGUGAAGAAACCGAAAAAGCCCUUUUCUGCGGGGCUGGGCAUCAAGAGGAAACCGGCGCUGAUUUGA